AUGAACUCUCAAGGCAACAACGAUGUCUCUCCUGAGGCUAUGCAGUCGCGAAUCCAACAGGCUCGUCGCGAAGCCGAAACUUUGAAGGACCGAAUUAAGAGAAAGAAGGAUGAUCUCGCCGACACAACUCUUCGCGCAGUUGCGCAACAGGCUCAUGAGCCCAUUCCCAAGAACCAGCUUAUGAAGGCCAAGCGCACACUCAAGGGUCAUUUGGCUAAGAUUUAUGCCAUGCACUGGUCAACUGACAGGAGGCAUCUGGUGUCUGCUUCCCAGGAUGGCAAGCUCAUUAUCUGGGACGCCUAUACUACUAACAAAGUCCACGCCAUUCCCCUGCGAUCAUCCUGGGUUAUGACCUGCGCCUACGCCCCUAGUGGCAACUUUGUUGCUUGCGGUGGUCUCGACAACAUCUGCUCCAUCUACAACUUGAACCAGCAACGCGACGGUCCUACUCGUGUUGCUCGUGAGCUCUCUGGCCAUGCCGGUUAUCUCUCUUGCUGUCGAUUUAUCAACGAUCGCAGCAUUUUGACGUCGUCUGGUGACAUGACCUGUAUGAAGUGGGAUAUCGAGACAGGACAGAAGGUUACCGAGUUUGCCGACCAUCUCGGCGACGUCAUGAGCAUCAGCCUCAACCCUACCAACCAAAACACCUUCAUCUCUGGUGCUUGUGAUGCGUUCGCCAAACUCUGGGAUAUCCGCGCCGGAAAGGCCGUCCAAACCUUUGCUGGCCACGAGUCUGAUAUCAACGCUAUCCAAUUCUUCCCUGACGGCCACUCCUUCGUCACUGGAUCUGAUGAUGCUACUUGUCGUCUCUUCGAUAUUCGCGCGGAUCGCGAACUCAACCUUUACGGGUCCGAGUCCAUUCUCUGUGGUAUCACCUCGGUGGCUACCUCCGUAUCAGGACGUCUCCUGUUCGCCGGUUACGAUGACUUUGAAUGCAAGGAUAUCCAGGUCUGGGAUAUCACCCGAGGCGAGAAGGUUGGCUCUCUGGUCGGCCACGAGAACCGUGUCAGUUGCCUGGGCGUCAGCAACGACGGCACAAGCUUGUGCACAGGAUCGUGGGAUUCUCUGCUUAAAAUCUGGGCAUACUAA